CAAGUACGGGUUUCUGUCUACUAGAAGAAAAACCGAAAAACUGGCGAAUUUUCAGGUAUUCGCAGUUUUUUAUGUAUAACUAAGGGAUUAUUGGGGUUUUUUUUGGAGUGUUUAAUUAAUUUGAAAGGAAAAUGGUCAUGGUCGGUGAAAUUGAAGAGAAUAGAAAAGAAACAACUGGUAAAAAUUUGAUGAAUGGAUAUACUAAAGGUCAUCAAUCACCAGAUUCAAAAAAAAAUACAAAGAAAAAAUCAAAAAGUCCUUCCAAAAAAGGCUCGGAAACUGGAAAACGAAACGGGCUUGUAAACUUCUUGGAUGAAGACGAAGAGCGAAAUGAAGAUCAAUCUGAAAUGACUGUUUCAUCAAAAAACGUUGAUAAGUCUCCAAAAAAGAAAAGUUUGCUUGAACAAAGAAAACAAUUGCCUAUUUGGGAGGCCAAGGAUGCUAUUUGUCAAAGGAUACAAGACAACCGCGUAAUUGUAAUUGUCGGUGAGACUGGUUCGGGUAAGUCCACUCAAAUUCCUCAAUUUCUUAAUGAAUGUGAAUAUGCUCAAGAAGGUUGCGUGGGAAUUACACAGCCCCGUAGGGUAGCUGCUGUAAACUUGGCAAAACGCGUAGCCCAAGAACAAGGUACUCGACUAGGAGAUAAGGUCGGUUAUUCCAUUCGUUUUGAUGAUUCGACAAGUUCCAGUACUAGAGCUAAGUAUUUAACCGAUGGUAUGUUAUUAAGAGAGUUAAUCAACGAUCCUCUUCUUUCGCAAUAUCAUACGUUGAUUUUGGAUGAAGCACAUGAAAGAACUCUCAUGACUGACAUGCUACUUGGCUUUGUAAAAAAGAUAAUCAAAAAGAGACCUGCUUUGCGUGUCGUCAUUAUGAGUGCUACUUUAAACGCAGAAAGAUUUUCUGAAUUUUUCGAUGGCGCCGAGAUAUGUUUUAUCAGUGGUCGACAAUACCCUGUUCAAGUACAUUAUACAUAUGUCCCAGAACAAGAUUAUAUGGAUGCUUGUUUGCGUACCAUUUUUCAAUUACACGUGAAAUUGCCUCCUGGUGAUAUUCUCGUUUUUCUUACUGGUCAAGAUGAAAUUGAGGCAUUGGAAUCUCUGAUUAAAGAUUAUGCGAAGCAGUUGCCUUCUAAUAAACUGCAAAUUCAGGCUUGCCCCCUUUUCGCCAGCUUACCGCAAGAGCAGCAAAUGCAGGUUUUCCAGCCGACUAUGCCUAAUCAUCGUAAAGUCGUAUUAUCUACAAAUAUUGCGGAAACCUCUGUUACUAUUCCUGGAAUUCGAUAUGUUAUCGACACUGGGUUGGCCAAGGUUAAACAAUUUAACUCUCGAUUGGGUUUGGAGAGUUUAACGGUGCAGCCAAUUUCUCAGUCGGCCGCUAGACAACGUAGUGGUCGUGCAGGCCGUGAAGCACCAGGACAGUGCUUUCGAUUAUAUACUGAGGCAGAUUUCGACAAGCUUCCUAAAGAGUCUACACCAGAAAUCAAGCGCAUUGAUCUUUCCCAGGCUGUACUGACACUCAAAGCACGGGGCCAGAAUGACGUUAUCAAUUUCGAUUACAUGGAUCCUCCCUCCAAGCAGUCUCUUAUUCGUGCUUUGGAACACUUGUAUUCAGUCGGAGCAUUGGAUGAUAAUGGAAAAAUCAAUGACAUGGGGUAUCAAAUGUCUCUGAUUCCUCUAUUACCAUCCCUUGCUAGAGCUAUGUUAAGUGCAAGGGAACAUAACUGCUUAAAUGAAGUUAUUGAUAUCGUUUCCUGUCUUUCAACAGAUUCGAUGUUUCUCUUUCCUCAGGAGAAAAGAGACGAAGCAGCUGAAGCCAAGACAAAAUUCUUGCAUAGUGAAGGAGAUCACCUUACAUGCUUAAAUGCAUUACGGGUAUAUCUCGAAACAAGUUCGGACAUGCGAAAACACUGGUGCAACCAGAACUUUAUUAACCGCCGUGCAUUAAAAAUCGUAUUGGACAUUCGCAAACAACUUCAAGAGCAUUGCAUUAAAGCGGGUUGGGAAAUUAAUGUUAAUACCGAAGUCAAUACUGAGAAUAUCCUUCGUUCUUUCCUUUCGGGCUACAUUUCUAAUACCGCUCUUCUUCAUCCGGAUGGUUCCUAUAAGACUACUGUUGGUAACCAGACUGUAUCCAUUCAUCCUUCCUCUUCUCUGUUUGGGAAGAAGGUAGAAGCGAUUAUGUAUCAUGAAUCUGUUUUCACUACCAAGCCAUAUGUUCGAGGUGUCAGCUGCAUUCGGGGUACUUGGCUGGCUGCCGUAGCUCCUCAUUAUCUUGGCCGUCAACAAGUAUAAUAUUAGGCAAAAUGAUAUCAAUACGUUGGUGUAUAAUUUUUUUAUUUAUUAUUUUUCCUUUACUUUCACUUCACUAGGUUGAUAGAUCAGAAUUAAUCGCUUAACAAACUUUAAUAUAUUUCCUAUUCGCAUUAGUUCAAGCUUAAAUUUGCCUCGUUAGCUUAUUUUUAUUAUGCC